AUGUGGUAUUUUGUUUUUUUGUGCACUUUUUCUCUUGCUGGAGCUACCGAGUUUUUCAAUUCGAAAGGUGAUCUUUUUUCUUUCUAAAAAGAGAAUUUCUUUUCUUCGAAAAAAAUUCAAACAUAAUAAAUCUGAGUACAAAUUCCGGCAAAAGUUCACUGAAUCAUCCCCGAAAAUUAAAAAGAGUCCUCAAAAACUAUAGAUCCAACUGUUAUGGAGAAUAUUCGCUUUGUUCAAACAAAUUUACCUUUCGAACCAUUCAAACCACUUUUUUCAGUCCCACCAACUCAAGUAAUUCAAGUAUUGUCGCGGCAUUGUCGGAACAACGCUCACACAUGUCCAUUGGUACAAAUUAGUCUUCAUAUUCAAUCAUCAAAUCCAAUUUCAGAGCAUUCAAGAGACGGUUCACUUUUUCGAGAAUAUCAUCGGCGUGAUGGUUCAUCACGGUGUAGACUUCAAUGAAAAUCGAUACCAUGAGGUAGAUUUUGUGAAAAAAAUAACUUUUUCCUCUCCUUUAAUUGGAAGGACGACAGGAGGAACCUGUUUUUUUUUCCUGACUUUUCAACUCAAGAAAAAGUCGAACUUCUUUGUGAUUUUUGGCAAAAAAUGUCAAAUUUACGAAAAGUUGCGGUUUCAAACAUUCAACAGAAGCUUCAAAGGUUAUCUCAUUUUUUUCAGCAAAGGUAAAUGUUUUGUGAUUUUGGCGAAAAUUUGAAAGGUAUAAUAGUUGCGGUUUCAAACCCCUUUUGGAAACAUAGAAAAAUUUUAAUUUCACACAUUAUGAGUUGGCCCCCAAUAAAUCGUAAAAAACUAAAAGUUAUCGACUUCUUGUCUCUUCAAGUUCAGUGAAGACCUCCUUUAAAUGAACUGACACUACAAGUUGAGUUAUUUCUUCUAUUUAAGAGUGAAAAACAUAUACUUUUUUUUUCCAAGUUAAAAAUAAAAUUUAGAGUAAUAAAAUAUCAAACAAUUUAAAAAAUUAUACGUCUUUUCGUCAGCGGGCGUGGCUUUGAGAUCCCUUCCUAAACCAAACUAAACUGAAUUUUUAUAGAUCGGCCGAAUUUUGGGUCAUCUAGACGCUGGAAAAAAUGCCGAUGAUGUCAUCGAAUUCGAUCGCGUCUACGGUGGCGCCGUAGCUGAUCUGCUCUCUAGGGUCAGCGUUUUUGAACUUUGUCUCCUGAAGAUGGAAUAUUUUCAGUUCUCCGAGUUUCUGGCCACCGUUCCAGACGUCGAAAAGCUGAACUUUUCUCGGAACGUUCUCCGUCCUCCGCCCUAUGUUUGAAAAUUUGGAGCAUAUUUCUGUGUUUCGAUUGUUUCGUGAGUUCUUUGGAAUAAAGUGUAAAGGUUGAACGGCAAAACAUGAUCAAAAAUUAUCUCGAUCAACCGAAUGUAAAGAAUUAUAAAGAUUUAUUCAAUUUUUCAUAAUUCUUAAGGCGUCGGUAGUGAGUUCUUAGAGUUGCGCUGCGGCUUUUGGAAGGAAAAAAAUCGAAAAAAAAAAUUACCACAUUAAACUCGCACUCAAUGGUUUUCGAAAGCGUGAAAAAUAUGACUCAAAAAAAAAUAAAUAAAAGCCAGUCUGAGCGGGAUGCACUCCCUACGAAAGAGGCUAGCCUUCUAGAGUGACUUUAGCCAUUCCAAAUGCGGUCUUCCUUCUUGAAACUGCAUGAUGUUCUGACUGCAAAGCUGCAGAACGUGUCCAGGACCAUAAAAAGCGACUAAGUGACGUCCUGACCCGCUGAUGGGGGAAGAAGAGCCGUGACUUUUCGCGCGCUGUUGCCGGAGCCGAGGAUGAAGCACCUGUCGGCAAGUCGGACAGGUGAUAGUGUGGAUGAGAUCCGGUGGGGGAAAACACAGCGACGAGCCGCCCUAUCAGUUUGCUACAUCUUCCGUCCUUCCGUCACUGGCGCCGACGUUCAAUUUUUAGGUUCGGAAUUUUGAAAUAGUCCUUUGAAGCAAACUUUAGACAGCAUUCUGAGAAAAUUUUGGUUUUUGACAUUAAAAUUUUAAUAGUGUUUUGAAAGUUAUCUAGCCUACAACUACUUCGAAAAUUUUAAAGUCCAGUCGAAAAAAUCAUAAAACCGAAAAAUGUUUUUUUUUUCGUCUUUCAGUCUCUUUCCAGCCUUUUUUGAAGGCUUUCACCGCUCAGAAGUUCAUUUUUGACAUAUCUUCACUAAGCGUCCUUCAUUUAAAAACGUUGCGAAAAAUUUCAAGCUUUUGUCCCGAAAAAUAGAAAUUGAUAAAAUUUCGGUUUCCUUGUAAAUUUAUCAUAGUGGGAAUUACCGUAAUUGAGUUUGAUAAAAAAAAACUAAUCACAGAACUUCCAUAUUUAUCAUCUUUGUAUCACAAACCUUUAAAUAAAAAAAAAUACGGAACAAAAUUCAACCGUGAAAAAAAAUUUUUUUCCGCGCCACUACUUCAAAAAUCGCAAAAAGGUCUCAAAGCGAAGUUUGCACCAGAUUUUAUACUGUUUUGACUCGGAAAAUGUGUAAAACUUUCCAAAGUUUUCAUUUUUCAGAUUCAUGAUGCUGACAGACUCCAACUCUCAGACGCGAAAGAAGAAGAGCAUAUUUGAGAACAUUGACGACCUUAUAUCCCCAGAUUUCGACCCGACGCCGUCCAGCAGCUCUCCGCCAUCCAAACUCGAGGUUUCGAAAAAAGACCGGAGUUUUUUGGAAUUUUGGUGGUUUAAGUGUCCUUAUUGCCAGAAGGUCUACUUGACUUUUUUCGGUCUUCGGCGCCACGUCCAGUUCCACGAAGAAGGCAAACUAGAGCAGCAAUGUCCUCACUGCAAUAAAGUUUACAAGUGAGGAAUUUUUUCCCAAAAAGUAAAAAUGGGAGGUUUGAAAUAUUGAUAUUACCUUGUAAGCUUUUCAUCGUGGGUCGGAAAAUAAUUUUAAAAUCGAAAAAGUACCUUCUUUGGAGAAAAAUUGAUUCGAAGUCGGAAAGAAGUUUUAUUUUUUUGCAAAAAGUGCAUUUUGCAGUAAAGUUGCCCUAUUGAUAAAUUGUAUCGCCAUUUUCCGCUUUCCCGGACGUUCUGUGAAAAUUUUUAGUGGCCACCUUGCCAAGGACUACUUGUAGAGGACACUAAAGUGGCCACUAAACCCACCUUUACAGUGACCACUAUUUUCCGUUUUAGUGGCCACUAUAGAGGUUCUCUAUUUAGUGGCCACUUCAGUAGUUUUUCAUCCAGUAUUCCUUCCAGUAACUCUGAUAACUUUCAGAUUGGACCAGUUAUGUUGAUCCAUUGACCCCUAAAGUAGUCACUAAAAAUUUUAGUGGUCUAGUAGUAGCACUUAGACCUCUAUAGUUGCCACUAUGUUCCACCCCUUAAGUGGCCACUGAUUUGACUACUAUUGUGGCAACUAAAAAAUUUCCCAGUAUGUUUUCCCGUACGUUUCUGAAAAUUUCUAGUGAUACCUUUAGCGGUUUGAGUACUCUUAAGUGAUUAAUCAUGAUUAAAAACGACGGGAGCGCGUCCGAAUCGCGUUUUCAAGGUCUGAAUAUUUUCCCAAAUUCUCUAGGACCAGUUCAAAUUUUUUAAUAUUUCCAAAUAAUUUCAAUUUUUAUAAAAGUAGUCCAGUCAUUUGCUACCAAGUCUCAUGUUUAACAAACUCAAAGAAAAGCCCUAAAAUCAACAUAAUCGGUGUCGCAUCCGGAGUUACACAGGUAGCGGCAGGUUGGUUGCCCGGAAGAGUGUCACCUGCCGCAGUUUAUCCGGCGGCGCCAAAGCUUUGUUGCCAUCCGCUCCGGCGGAACCCUUUUUCAUCUUGAUUGGAAGUAUUUACCAAUCUGUUAUUAUAGUUUCGGACAAGAUGAAAUGAAGUUGAAAUUUUAGAUGUUUUCAGUUUUGGAACUGAAUCUAUUUUAAAGUUUCAAACCAGUCACAGUGAUGUAGUCCACGUAGAUGUAGAGGUCUACUUUUAACAAGAGUUGUUUGAGAUUUCGAUCUCGUCUCGAAAAAUCACGAAAUUUUUAAGGAGAUAUCUUGCCUAGAAGCAAAGUUCCUACGUCUCGAGAUUUCUCGACGAGUAUUCUUUUUUUUCGAAACGAAAAUGUCGAGUUUAAGGUCGAAAUUGCGGUUUUUGCAGCUUAAGAUAAAUUAAAAUCCAAAAAAAAAAUGGGGAAGAAUUAAACUCGGACCUUGGUAUCGCAAAACGGACGUGCUCCGGACGUUUCUGGGCACUUCUAGAGAUCACUUAAGAGUGCUGAGGCUACUAAAGUGGUCACUAGGAAUGCUCCGAAGCGCGCCCGAUUUUGGUGACGGAGAUCCGGCCAGUUAAAAAAUCGGACGUGCUUCGGACGUUCCAGGGCAUUUCUAGGGAUCACUCAAUAGCACGGACGCUACUAAAGUGGUCACUAGAAAUGUCCGAUUUUCGUCUGUUUCGCGCUACCAAGGUCCGAGAAAAAUGACAACUCAUUUUGUCCAUAGAGCAGUUUUGCUCCGAAUUUCACUUGCGCAUCCGAACUUUUUUCGUUUCCAAUGUCGAAAUUUUUUUCUGAUAGAGCUUUCAUACCGUUGGUACGUACGAGGUAGCUCUACAGAUUUAAUUUCUCAAAACUCUUUUUUUUCUGAAUAUUAAAAUAUACAUACAUCGAGGAUCCGACCAAAAUUGAUCAGAUCUUGGUAAUUUUUAAUCAAAUUUCUUUGGUGAAUUUUUUUUUUGAAGUCGCAAGGUGUAGUUUCUAGCAUCUCUGGUUAGAAAUAUUACCUAGAAUCUUGUGGGAUUUUCUUGAAGUUGUUCCUUCGUCAGUCCAGCUUUUUUUCCAAAAAAAGUCUUUUUCCAACUUCAAAUUCAUAUUUCCUCAACGAAUAAAGCCACCGUAAUCCAAGCAACAGCCACUGAGGAGUCGAGGUGCGGCCGGAGCAAACAAAUGAUGGCUGGAGGCCAUUAACACUUGGCUCGGCCAUCGUUCACCGUUGAUUGCCGUGGAGCCCUCCCAAACGGAUUGCAACCUACCUGUUCCGUCUCCUGCCUUCAACCUGCAUCCGAGCCUCGCCUUCCGAAACACACACACACAACACCUGUCACCUUGAGGCUCACCUGUGCAAUGUUGUACGCACACACACACACACAUCACGCCCUGAAGGCUCGGCUCACGUCAAAACGAAGCGAAAUGUGAUGGGAAAUGUGGGAUGUGAUGAGAUUGGUCUAGUAGGGCCUCUGAGUGGGACUGUGAAAGGGAAAAAAUUAGAGGCGUGAGACUUGACUGAAAGACAGAAGAAAAUGUCGUUUUAGAAGCAAGGCACUUGGCGUACAUUCCACAGAACCUGGGUUGAAACCUAAGCUUACUAGAGAACGUUUCUUCCCCCCUCCUCGGUUGAACUUUUUGCUGAAACUUUGCCGAAGUGUACUUUAGGGCCCCCUGAUUACAGAACAGAAAGAAAAUCUCGCAAUAGAUCUCGUUUUCGAGUUAGGACACUUCAAAAGCCCGAAAUAGCGCUUUUUGGCCUAAUUUGCGUAUUUUGUGGACUUUUAAGCUCCAUAACUCGGAAACAAGAUCUAUUGCGAGAAAUAUUUUUCUUGUUCUGCAAUCAGGGGGUCCUAAAGUACACUUCAGCAAAGUUUCAGAAAAAGUUCAACCAGGGGUGAAAAAGUUCCCUGGCUGGUUUGAGAAUUUCUUUAAGUUGGGCCUUCAUCGAGUUGGGCCUCAUACCUUGACAAGCCUGAUCCUUUGACGAACUUCCAAAAAUCAUAUUAAAAAUUCAAAGCUUCUCACGAGAAAAAAGAAAAAAAAUGUGUCUUAUACGAUUUUUUAAUUGAGUCAUGACACUCAAAACGCUUCGAAUGAAGGUUUUUCUCUAAAUUUUUCUAUUCUUUUCAAACUCAAAAAUUUCAUAACUCGAAUAAAAAAUCCUCAUAAGUACUAGAAAAUUUUGAGGAACUUAAGCUUUUUUUUAGAUCACCAGGAGCCCUCAAAAUGCAUCUGAAGACCCACUCGCUGCCUUGUGUCUGUGAAUCGUGUGGAAAGUCUUUUUCGAGACCUUGGCUCUUAAAAGGGCACCGGAGAACACAUACAGGUUGAGAUAGAAAAAAAUUCAGGAUAUUUUUUAUCAUUUUAGGAGAGAAACCGUUUGUUUGCGAAUCGUGUGGCCGAAGUUUUGCCGACCGAAGUAAUUUGAGAGCUCAUCAACAAACUCAUUCCGGCGAAAAACGGUACAGGUUAGUAUUAAUUUUAAGAAGAUUGAUCAUGAGUUCGAAAUAAGUUUAGAAGGUAAAAUUCAGAUGUGUCCACUGUAACCAAGCUUUUGCCCGAAUGCAAGUCCGAAUGCGUCACGAGGCCGCCUGUUCCCAUUUUAGCAACUCGUCUUCGUCAGAAAAAUCAGAACGCCGGUCAUGUGAAUGA